AUGCGUCGUUUAGUAACCAGGGCCCCUACGCCGGCCAGGUACCUCAAACGAGCAGCACACUCGCUUUCAAGGACCUUUUCCUCUCACAUAGAAACACAAGCUAAGGACCCCGCCGAACUCGACCAAGUAACAGAACUCUCCAAUGGCCUUCGGGUAGCCACGGAGUCCCUCCCCGGCCCUUUCGCUGGCGUGGGCGUAUACCUCGAUGCAGGCUCACGGUACGAGAACGACAGCCUCCGCGGCGUCAGCCACAUCAUUGACAGGCUAGCCUUCAAAUCGACAUCGAAGCGGACGGGCGAUCAGAUGGUUGAGUCUCUAGAGAGGCUCGGGGGGAACAUCCAAUGCGCGUCGGCACGCGAGUGUAUCAUGUACCAGUCCACCAGCUUCAACUCGGCUGUGCCGACCACGCUGGCACUGCUGGCGGAGACGAUCCGGGACCCCCUGAUCACGGACGAGGAGGUGCAGCAGCAGCUGGAGGUGGCGGAGUAUGAGAUCACUGAUCUCUGGGCGAAGCCUGAGGUCAUCCUGCCAGAGCUGGUGAAUAUUGCGGCGUACCGGAAUAAUACCCUAGGGAAUCCGUUGUUGUGUCCGCGUGAGCGACUGUCGGAGAUUAAUAGAGGAGUUGUGCAGAGUUAUCGGGAGACGUUUUACAAGCCGGAACGGAUGGUUGUGGCGUUUGCGGGCGUGGCGCAUGAGGAUGCGGUGAAGUUGGCGGAGAGGUGGUUUGGGGAUAUGAAGAGGGACAAGCCGGUGCUUUUUGGGCAGGGGUCGGAAUCGACGCUUUCUGAGGAGGAAUUGAGCUCGAUACCUUCCCUCUCGCCUUCUUCGACAACUUCUACACUCUCCGCAAGCCCGUCAUCAACCGCUUCCCAUCCCCUCCCAUCGCCCAGCACCUCCAGCUCCAAGACCAACAGCGUCCUCUCCCACAUCCCCUUCCUCAAGCACCUCUCAACCUCCUCCUCCCGUAGUGCCUCCGUCUCACCCCUCGACCCCUCCCUCCUCCACCCAUCCACCCUCGACCUCCACCGCGCCUCACACUACACAGGCGGCUUCCUUUCUCUCCCGGCCAUCCCCCCACCGGCCAACCCCACACAGCCCCGCCUCAGCCACAUCCACGUCGCCUUCGAAGGGCCCCCUAUCUCCUCGCAGGACAUCUACGCGCUCGCCACCCUCCAAAUGCUGCUGGGCGGCGGCGGCUCCUUCUCCGCCGGCGGGCCGGGCAAGGGCAUGCACUCGCGGCUCUACACCAACGUGCUGAACCAGCACGGCUGGGUCGAAAGCUGCAUGGCCUUCAACCACAGCUACACGGACAGCGGGCUGUUCGGGAUCUCGGCCUCGUGCGUCCCGUCCCGCCUCACCGCGACGGUCGAUGUGAUCUGCAGAGAGCUGCAUGCGCUGACGACGGGCUCGCGUUUCACCACCCUGCAGCCCACGGAGGUCAACCGCGCGAAGAACCAGCUGCGCUCCGCGAUACUGAUGAACCUCGAGUCGCGCAUGGUGGAGCUGGAAGACCUGGGACGGCAGGUGCAGGCGCACGGGCGCCGGGUUGGGGUACGUGAGAUGAGUGCGCGGAUCGAUGCGUUGACGGCGGACGACCUGCGGCGGGUGGCGCGGGAGGUUCUUGGAGGCCAUGUGCGUAAUAAGGGGAACGGGACGGGGAUGCCGACGGUUGUGGUGCAGGAGGGGAUGGUGGAUGGAGUUCCGUUCCAGCCGGUACAGAAGGAGCAGAUUCAGGAACGGAUUGCAAUGUGGCAGUUGGGGAGGAGGUGAGGGGAGGGCUUGAACCUUGUUUUUCUUUUUCUUUUUCUUUUUCUUUUUAUCUUUGGUGAUGCCUACGCUAUACUUUUGCCAUAUAGAUGGGGUGGUUCUUUUCAAUUCUUUCACCUUUUCCUGUUUUAUUAAUUCAUUUUGAUGCUUGAAUAUG